CCAAAGAAGGAGAAGAAGAGAGGAAGAAGAAGAAGAAGAUGAAGAAGAAAAUGAAGAAGAAGAAGAUGAAGAAGAAGAAGACAAAGAAGAAGAAGAUGAAGAAGAAGAAGAUGAAGAAGAAGAUGAUGAAGAACAUGAAGAAGAAGAAGAUGAAGUAGAAGAUGAAGAAGAUGAAGAGGAGAAGAAGAAGAAGGAGAAGAAGAUGAAGAUGAAGAAGGAGAUGGAGAAGGAGAAGGAAAAGGAAGAAGGAAGAAGGAAGGAAGGAGAAGGAAGGAGAAGGAAGAAGGAGAAGAAGGAGAAGGAUAAGGAAGAAGGAGGAGGAAGAAGGAGAAGGAAGAAGGAGAAGGAAGAAGGAGAAGGAAAAGGAAGGAGGAGAUGGAAGGAGAAGGAAGAAGGAGAAGGAAGGAGGAGAAGGAAGGAGGAGACGGAAGGAGGAGAAGGAAGGAGGAGAAGGAAGGAGGAGAAGGUAGGAGGAGAAGGAAGGAGAAGUAGGAAGGAGAAGAAGGAAAGAGAAGAAGGAAGGAGAAGGAAGGAAGGAGAAAGAAGGAAGGGAAAGGAAGGAAGGAGAAGGAAGGAAGGAGAAGGAAGGAGAAGGAAGAAGAAGGAAUAAGAAAGAAGAAGAAAGAAGAAGAUUAGCAGCGAUUGGGGACCAGUUCCUGAUCCAAAAAUGAGCAAUCGAUACUCGAUACAUAAUUACUACAGAUGCCAGCACAACAUGUGUGUUUAAACGCGUGUUUCGCGUGGUCUCUCAUUAAUUUUGAUAGUUGCCGGUUGUGACGCACGCUGAAAGUGAUGAAACUGAUUGUUACUGGUAACUCUGGCGGUUUACGUAACGGAAAACAGCUGCGCUGACGCAGCGCCAUAUUGUUUUGGGCGUGCUUCUACAUUUCGUUUUCGUAUUUCCAUUGCAUGAAGUCAUAACAUUGAAUUUGGUUUUUCAUAUUCAACGUUGUCACGUCACUCCAUUGAACGUCAUUCUACUCAUAUUAAACGCUAUUACGUCACGCUUCGCUCGGAACGUCGCAGUUUGUUCUAUUUUCAAGUCGUACUGAUAUAAUAUAUACCCUCAAAUAUGAACAUAUGCACUUACCAUCAGAUAUGUUAUCCAACUGUGGUAAUCCCGAUAUUACAUCUGAAAACCUUUUGUAAUCGGUAUAAGGUGCUCGACCAUACAACAUCUGAUAUAUUGUAAUCCCAAUAGAUCGCACGGCCUCUUUCGAUAUAUCAUAUCGUCUGUCUGUAAUAAAUUCUGGUGGGACGUUCGUUUCACUGCCUGCAUAAGAAUAUAAAGUGUCAGCGUGCGAAUUUAUAGAAAACAUUUACUUUCAUAGGUAAAUGGGGGGGGGGGGGCGUAGAUACCAUAUGGUUUCGAGUAUCACUAGCGCGAGCACGAAGGACGAGUGUCAUUUGAGGCCUUUCAUUCUUUGAAGGACGAACGAGUGCUUGAAAGUUUAUUCCAUGCAAAUUGCACUAGAAAAAAUGUUAUUACUUUUACUGAUAAUAUAUACAGUGUGUAUCGAAGCACGGCCUCGAAACCUUCAGGAAUCAAGCUAUUGAUUCUUGCAAACAUUCAAAUUCCAACAAUAGGUUCAGUUAAUUUCUAGAGGUCUUGUUUGCAUGUACAUGAAACAAGCUGUAUAAUAAGAUUAAUGAAUCCUCAAUACAAAUGCGAUUCAUACCCUGUGAACUCGUUUGAGGUGGCUCCAUAUAGUAUUAACGUUUUAGCGCAUGCAACUGUGCUUUAGCACAAUAUUUCCUCAGUUUGCAAGAUAUGAUUACGAAACUCGCACACAACAUUGCGUAAAUACUAAGGAUUACGAAAAGCAAAAAAUAUAAAUGUUCUCGUUGCCACGGCGACAACGUAAUCACAUUUUUGCAUUCUUUCUUUGCCUUUUUAAAUUUUCUUCGGUUAUUAUUAUUGUUAAUAAUCUUAUUUAAAACACGGUAGCCUUUCACAGAGAGCUAGUGAUUUUCAAAGGGCCGUGUGGACAAUUACAUUACUAAAAACAAUUAAUUAAUUAAUUAAUGUAUUUACAAAUAUAUAUUAUGAAACAAUUAGGUUAAUAAACAGACAUAUUUUAUGAAGGUACUGUAAAUCAUUGUAAGGAAUUGAAACAACUAUCUAUUAUAUUAUGGAAGGCUGUUAGACUAGUUGUUUCUUUUAAUUUAGAAUAUUUAGACUGGGAUGUUAUUCCAAGCCGCUGCUCCUCUAUAGGAAAAGCUAUUCUUUAAAAAAUUUGUUUUUGGUUUCCUUUGGGACAAUUUUAAGUUAUUACUGCGCAGAUUGUAGUCGCUAUUUUCACAAGCAUGAAAUAAUUGUGAUAUAUAGACAGGGACAACGGAGCGAGGGUAUGGCACAGAGCGGCAAUGUUGACGUAAGGGCCAUCACUAAUUAAUAUUUCGUUUCCGAAAAAUUUUUCCGGAACCUUAGUUCGCCAAAACAAGUGAAAACAAUUUUCCGGAACCUUAAUUCACCAAGACAAGGGCAAAAAAAUUUGAAAGCUAACCUAACUUUCGACUAAUAUUCCAGAAAAUUUCACGUAUAUUUCAAUAUUAGGUCUACUUCACGCGUAAUUCAUACUUUUUAAUCGUUGUACCUCAUAUUUUUUGGGUUAGAAUGGGGCACUUUCGCCCCCCUGCCCCCCUUACUAAAGGGCAAGGAGGGUGAUGCCCGCCUGCGCCUCCCGUUUCCGGCGUCCCUGUAUAUAAUUUGGACGAAUUCCUUUUAGCGCUUUAAAUGUUAUGAAAAGAUCUCGCUUUUUUAGGAUUAAUUCAAUAGGUUUCCAACCAAGGUGUUGAAAUAUUAGCGAGGACUUUAUACUAUAAAAUACUAUCGGUGACUAUAAAAUACUAACGUAAAUAUUUUUACUAUAAAUACUAUAAAAUACUAUCGGUGACUAUAAAAUACUAACGUAAAUAUUUAUACUAUAAAUACUAUCGGUGAAACGUUUUUAUUUUUCACACACAUGAAUGUACAGUUACUCUAAAUAAGAGUUAUUUCAACGUAUAUAAGAAUGGAAAACUAUUUUGUCCUAAACGUUUUUAUUAAUUAAAUUAAAUUUGCACCGUGUAGAGCUAUAAUUGUGAAAAUCAGAAUAAAGAUCUGCUUCAUGAAGACCAGUCAAGUUGAAUCCCGAUAAAACCGGUCUUCUGUUAAAAGGAAGACUAUUGGUCCUUUUGAGUGACAUAAUCGGGUAUCAUCAUCGAUCCGUGUCGUUGAACAAUAAAAAAUUUGUCGUGAAAUUAUUGACGAUAAAAUAGCAUUUUGUGAGAAAACUGCGGGUGUAUACGGAGUGGGAACUUUCGGAUUUGAACUCAGCGUGCUUGAAAGUGUUAGUUCGCGUCAAAAUUGAUUUCAGAUCUAAGACAUGCUUAAUGAAAGUGAACGAUAUCGGGUCACAACACACGGACUAUAAUUGAUCCUAAAGCCAGGAAAUGUACACCAUGCUUCUUUUGUUCUGUACGGUAUUUCCUCAAUUUUGAAUUGCUCUCAGAAAAUCACAAUUGAGAAAUCUUUUGACGUAUAUGAUUCACCAUAACAAAGGACAGAAAUGUAAAUUAGAUCGUGGCGAAUGAAAUUUCUUAGCACAAUUACCACUUCAAUGGUUCAAAAUUGUCUGACUAUGUGCAUGAUGUUUACCAGUCUUAUGUAUACUCACCCCGAAAUGUGGUAUGUAGCUUGCCAGGUUUAUGUUUUGUUGCCAUUCCAAAAUCGAUCAACUUGAUAUCAUCUUUCUCGACGUCAUAGAGAAUAUUCUCCAAUUUAAUGUCACGAUGAACAAUGUUCUUUUUGUCCAUUGCAAGGACAACAUCAACCAACGUCUUCACGUAUUUUUGUGUUUCAUACUCAGUGAAGAAACCUCCUCUUUCCUUUCGAACAUCAAGAAGAUCUUUACAGUUAGCAAUUCUUUCACAAAUGAUCACGAACAUUUCGGAUGUUAUUUUUUGAUAAUGCAGAAACUUGAUGACAUUUGGAUGGUAUUUCAUUUGCUUGAGAAAGUAGACUUCGCCUGGUACUGGACCGAGGUCUUUAUCCUGAUGCGAAAUAUCACGAUUAGAAAUUGUGAGCACAAAUUGAGAGCAAAGACAAGCUAACUUAUCUUAAGAUGAUAGUCUACCCUAAAUUAUCAUAAGCAAGUUAAAUUCUUGAAAAUUUUAUUUUUACAUAAUUUGGUCCAUCAUUUAUUGUAGUUUCAGGACUCCAAUUUUUUUUCCCGGUUUUGUAAUUAAAAGAGUUAACGUUUCUGCAAAAACAUUAAAUUUAUGGAAAGGUCUGGAAGAUUUAUCCAUAGCAGCCGUUUUGGUAAUUUUGUUUACUAUGGUUGCUAUGGGGUUUUUAACCCAAGAACCCCCAAAUACAUUGUUUUUUCCUCCAACCCCCUUUCUCUGUUAACAAGUCAUCCCCCCUUUAAGGUAUGAAUAUGUAAUAGUCUUUCUCGAUCCAUGCCUCUGAAACAACAAACAAACUUGGCUGAGUUUUGUGUUUACAUUCGAAGUGGCAGUCAUUGAGCGAAAUUAUAGUGAGUCUAAUCCUUAUCAAUCGAUUGCCAGCCGUUUUCUAAGGGAUUUUUUGUUUGGGAGAGGAAAGAUGGACCGACCACUUGCGUGAUGGCGUGACUCCUCUACAUUGUAUUCCCAGCACUUCGUCUGCUGUUAGUGAUUCCUCCGUUCGAAGUUCAGUUGCAGAUAUUAAAAAUAUGUCAGAGAAAAAGCUACUGAACAGUUCUUUCCAAUAAUUUGAAAGCAGUGGAGGUGUUCUGACUCGCUAACAAGCCAAAGAUAUUGGACUUGGAUGCCGAACAAACGUUAAAAUUGCCACAGGAUUCAAAGUACAGGAUGCUGUUCUAUUGAAUGACUGCAUAUCAGACGCCGCAAUAUGCAGUUCAUGCCGUUUGGCUUCUUCGAAACUGCAAAUUUAUCAAAAAAAUAACGAGAGAGAAGGAUUGUGUGAAUCACUAUUCCUGAAGUGCUCAGCCUGUGAUGUAGAGACCCCUUUGUCAACCAGUAAGCGUCUGGGUGGUAAAGGUGGUGGUCCUCGUGAAGUGAAUCGCCGAGCUGUGUUGUCUUCACAUCAGUUUGGCCAUGCGGGAUUGGCAAAUUUUUGUGCAGGAAUGAAUUUACCUCCUCCACUUGCAAAAAAGGCAUACAAUGAACAUUUAAAACAGAUCGAACAGGCAGCAAAAAGCAAUGCAGAGAAAAUUAUGAAAGAUGCAGCAAACCGGUUGAAAGAUAAAGUUGCCACAGAACGACCUCAGGACAUUGAGGACAAUGAUGAAGAUACAAUUAUUGCUAGAGUUGCAGUUUCAGUGGAUGGUACUUGGCAGAAAAGAGGCCACUCCUCCAAAAUAGGGGUGGUAUUUGUCAUUUCAGUAGACACUGGUGAAAUCCUAGACUAUGAGGUGAAGUCGCUAUUUUGCCAUGAGUGCAAGGCCCAUGCUCAGGAUCAAGAAAACAAUGAAUACAAAGACUGGAUGAAAGUUCAUGAACCAAACUGUUCAAUUAACCAUAAAGGUUCUUCUGAAGGGAUGGAAGCUGUGGCAGCUGUGGAUAUGUUCAGCAGAAGUAUCACUUCAAGGCAACUGAAGUAUACAACAUUCGUUGGUGACGGGGACAGUAGUAGUUUCGGCAGUGUAAAAGAUGCUCUAUUUGCAAAAUAUGGGGCUACAUAUGAAAUUACUAAAGAAGAAUGUGUUGGACAUGUCCAGAAAAGACUUGGAACAGCCUUGAGAAAGUAUAAAAAUGACAGGAAGGGAAAGAAGCUUAGUGAUGGUAAAGCAGUUGGUGGGAAAGGACGAUUGACUGACAAAAUAAUUGAUAAAAUGCAGAACUAUUAUGGGACGGCAAUCAGAGGAAACAAGGGGGAUUUGAAUGGUAUGCAAACCAGCAUCAGUGCCAUACUACAUCAUAUGGUAAAAAAUGAGAAGUUGCCAUUGCGGGAGCAACAUAAGCACUGUCCACAGUCAUCGGACACAUGGUGCAAGUAUUGGAAGGACAAACAAGAAAAUACUUCACUGUACAACGAAGAUAAUCGGCUACCUGCAGUCUUCAUGAAAGAGCUUGAACCUACUUUUGUGAGAUUGUCCAAUGAUGGCUUACUGAACAGAUGUUUGCAAGGGAUGACCCAAAACCAGAACGAUUGUGGUCAAGAUGUCUGAAGACUCGGUUCUGUGGUGCUAGGCGUGUACAGAUAGCUGUAUGCGAAACCGUGGCUGUUUUCAACACUGGUGCUGCCAGCAAAGCAGUCAUCAUGAAUUUGUGUGGCAUUACUAGCCCUGGUGUCCGAACCAUGAGAGCACUUCGAGCACAAGACCAAGUUCGCCUUAAGUCUGCUGCAAAGAAAAUAAGUGCAAAAUACCGGGAAAAAAGACGAAAGCUACGAGCACAACGGAAGGCAAAGGGUGACCAAAAUGCAUAUCAACCUGGUGGUUUUGAUCUGAGUUCAAAGCCACUGGGGAUAGUAAAAAAUAAACGAAAGAGAACAACCAAGGACACAAGUACAGAUGGACAACCUAAAAUUAAGUUUGUGAUGCCAGUCUUCGAAGUUAUUGGCAAAUAAUAAACGGAACUUUACUGUGUAAAUUAAUAAUUAUGAACAAGAAUUAUUGUGAAAGGGCAAU